AUGUUACUGUGUUUCAGAUUACCAAAGCCAAAGUCGGAAAUGACCGCCGAAGAAUUGAUGGCUAAAGAGCAAGAAGAGCUGAACGUUGGUCCACUGAGUGUUUUAACUCAGUCGGUUAAAAACAACACCCAGGUUCUGAUCAAUUGUCGUAACAACAGGAAACUCUUGGCGCGUGUCAAAGCUUUUGAUCGUCAUUGCAAUAUGGUGCUGGAAAACGUUAAGGAAAUGUGGACGGAACUUCCGAGAAGCGGUAAAGGUCAGAAAAAGGCAAAACCCGUCAACAAAGACCGCUAUAUAUCGAAGAUGUUUCUGCGUGGUGAUUCAGUUAUACUGGUACUGAAGAAUCCACUGUCGACUGUGAAAACAUAA